AUGUUUGCGCUACGAAGGACAUUGGCUACCAUGAGCCCCCAGGCCUCGAUCCUGAAGCAGGCUGGCAAGGUGGUCUGCAUUGGUCGCAACUACGCUGAUCACAUUGCGGAGCUGUCCAAUGCCAAGCCCAAGCAGCCCUUCUUCUUCCUCAAGCCGACGUCGUCGAUGCUGCUCCCCGGCGAGGGCCCCUGCGUGCGUCCCAAGGGCGUGGACAUGCACUUUGAGGUUGAGCUCGCGCUGGUCAUGGGCAAGACGGUGCGCGACCUGAAACCCGACGACAUGAAGGGUGCCCUAGAGGCCAUCAAGGCCUACGCCGUGGCCAUCGACAUGACGGCACGCAACACGCAAAACGAGGCCAAGCGCAAGGGCCUGCCGUGGGACAUUGCCAAGGGCUUCGACACGUUCCUACCGAUGAGUGGGGUGAUCCCCAAGGCGGCCAUCGCGGACCCGCACGACGUCGAGCUCUUCCUCGAGGUCAACGGCCGCGAGAAGCAGCGCGGCUCCACCAACCUCAUGAUCUUCCGCAUCCCCCGCAUCCUCAGCGACAUCUCGCGCGUCAUGACGCUGCAGCCGGGUGACGUCGUGCUGACGGGCACGCCGGCCGGUGUCGGCCCGGCGGUCCCCGGUGAUAGGGUCAGGGCGGGCGUGCGCAUCGCGGGCGAAGAGCUGCCCGAGGGCGCGAUCGACCUGGCGGUGGAGGAUUCCACCAGAGACUACGAGUUUGCCGAGACGUAA